CUCUCAUCAUCAUAACAAGCAAGUAGUUGGUCAUGGACAAGGAUCUGUUUGGGAAGAAGGGCAAGGACCACCGCAAAAGCAAGAGCGGGGCCAAGGUGAACAAGAAGAAGAAAAAGAACCAGGAGCAGCUGGCCGCCGCAGACAAGAACGCUAAGCACAACCCCAAGGCGUUUGGCGUGGCCAAGAUUGGCCGCGCCAAGCGCACGAUCCAGCGUAACUUAGACAAGGCCCAUCAGAAAGAGUAUGUGCCGAAUGUCAACCGAGUCGAAGACACGCCGCCGCCGACAUGUGUGGUCGUCAUGGGUCCGCCCGGCAGCGGCAAGUCGACGCUCAUCCGAUCGCUCGUGAAACGGUACACCCGCCACAACAUUGGCGACAUCAAGGGUCCCAUCACGGUGAUUGCUGGCAAGGACAAACGCAUCACGUUCUUUGAAUGCCCCAACGACCUCAAUGCCAUGGUGGACUUGGCGAAAAUCGCCGACUUGGUGCUGCUGAUGGUGGACGCGUCAUUUGGGUUUGAAAUGGAAACUUUCGAGUUCCUCAAUAUCCUCCAGGUGGCCGGGUUCCCCAAAGUGAUGGGAAUUCUCACCAACUUGGACAAAUUCAAAAAUAACAAGAGUCUCCGGACGACAAAAAAGCGCCUCAAGAGCCGCUUCUGGACUGAAAUCUACCAAGGCGCCAAGUUGUUUUACUUUUCCGGGAUUGUCUCCAACAAGUACCCCAAGGGCGAAAUCAACAACAUGGUGCUGUACAUUUCCCGCAUGAAGUAUCGCCCGCUAACAUGGCGCAACUCGCAUCCGUACUUGCUCGUCGAUCGCUUCGAAGACGUGACACAUCCCGACGUGAUCCAGCAAAAUGCCGUGGCCGACCGCAAGAUCACGCUCUACGGGUACCUUCGGGGCACGCAUUUGAAGCCAGGGAUGAAGAUCCACGUGGCAGGCGCGGGGGAUUUCUUCAUGGCGUCUGUGACGUCGCUGCCGGACCCGUGCCCGCUGCCGUCAAGAGUGAACGAAGUGACCAAGAAGCACCUGUCGGACAAGGACAUUAUGCUAUACGCCCCCAUGUCCGAUGUGGGCAAUAUUACAUUUGACAAGGAUGCUGUGUACAUCAAUUUGGGUCACAUCAACCACUCGAAGCGCGAGACGCUGGAUGCGGACGAAGACAACACCGAUGACGAUAACGAAAAGAACAAGAACGGAUACACCCGAGGCAAGGGCGGAGAAGGCACGGAUAUGGUCCAGCACUUGCAAGCGAUCGAGUCUGGACUUGGUAUUGACGAACGAUUGAAAGGCGCGACGUUGAGCUUAUUUAAGCACACGGCGGCGAUUCGCGCUGAUGAAUUGGACUCGGACGAUGAUCCAGACAAUGCAAGUGACGACGACGACAGUAGUGACGAUGACGACAGCGGUGACGAUGACGACAGCGGUGACGAUGACGAAGCGUCGCGAGGCCGCCAAGGCACGACGAAACCGUCCGAACAACUUGAACGCGAUGCCACGGGGCGCGUCCGCCGGCGCGCCAUUUUCAAUGUGACCGAUGCCAACGAGAAUGAAGAAACAAUGGAGACCCUUGGGGAUGAUGACGACGACAGCAAUGAUGACGACGACAGCAAUGAUGACGAAAGCGAUGACGAAGGAGAUGCAGUGCCGGCGGCGGAAUCGUCGCAGAUGCGAUGGAAAGACAACUUGGUCAACCGAGCGGCCAAGAAUUUUCUCGAGCGAGAAGAACAAGACAUCAACUUGAUGGAAUUGGUGUACGGCAACCCCGGCAAGCUGCACGUAGCGGACGCGAGCAAGGGGCAGCGGGGCCACGACAGCGACGACGACGACUUCUUUACGCUCAAAUCAAGCAAGAAAGGCAACACCAACAACGGUCUCGCGGCACAGGACGACGAAAACGCUUUGGAUUGCUCCAAGUUUCGACCGGCGCGCACUGACAUGAAGGCGUGGGACAUGCCAGACCUCCUCGAGAGUCUCCGCAACAAGUUUGUCACGGGCAACUGGGAGAAAAAGCGCGAGGGAGAUGAAGAAGAAGAUGGGAGUGACGGGUCUGACGUCGAUGGGUCGUUUGAGGACCUGGAAACGGGCACCGUGCAUGUGGGCAAGGCAGACGAAGAGUCGCCAGAGGCCAUGCGCAAACGUUUGGGUGAUGAAAAAGCCAAAAAACGAGCGACUUUGGACGAUUUAGAUGACGACAAGAACGACGACGACAUUGACGACGAGAUGACGGAGAUCAUGGUCGAAGCGAAAAGGUUGCAGGAAACGCAGGCCCUUCGCAACGCCGAAGAGUUUGGCAACGAAGGCGAAAACACGCGGUUGCAGCUGGAAGGGUUUCGGAACGGCUUGUACGUUCGCAUCGAGCUGCAUGGCGUGCCUGCCGAGUUCGUCACGGGGGCACUGCCGACGCUGCCCAUCCUCGUGGGGGGUCUCUUGCCUCAUGAGCAUGCGUUGGGUCUGAUGCGGCUCCGCAUUAAGAAGCAUCGCUGGCAUCGCAAAAUUCUCAAAACCAACGACCCGCUCGUGUUUUCCAUCGGAUGGCGGCGGUUCCAGUCGCUGCCGCUGUUUAGCAUUGAAGACACCAACGACCGGCAUCGUUUUCUCAAGUACACCCCCGAACACAUGCAUUGUGGCGCGACCAUCUACGCGCCGAUUUGCCCGCCCAACACGGGGGUCCUGGCAUUCCAAAACAUGUCCAACUCGGUCGAUGGCUUCCGUGUGAGUGCCACAGGCGUCGUGCUCGAGCUCGACCACACGUUUCACGUGAUGAAAAAGCUCAAAUUGAUUGGCCACCCGACGAAAAUUCACAAAAAUACGGCGUUUGUGCGAGGCAUGUUCAAUUCCGAGCUCGAAGUGGCGAAAUUUGAAGGCGCGAGCCUGCGCACCGUGAGUGGCAUCCGCGGGCAGGUGAAGAAGGCGCAGCGCGGGGACAAGGGCGACUUCCGAGCUACGUUUGAAGACAAGAUCCUCAAGUCCGACAUCAUCUUUUGCCGGACGUGGGUGCCCGUGGAACCCAAGCUCCUGUACAACCCCGUGACGUCGCUGCUCCAGUCCAACUGGCGCGCCAUGCGAACCAUGCGGGAGUUGCGCGCGGCCAACAAGCUUGCAAUUCCAGUCAACCCUGACUCGGUGUACAAGCCGAUUGUCCGGCCAGAACGCCACUUUAAUGCGCUCAAAGUGCCUGCGAAAUUGCAAGCUAAGCUUCCAUUUGCGAGCAAACCAAAAUUGGACAAGAAGAAAUCAAGCACGUCGUAUGCCGUCAAGCGCGCGGUGGUGCUCGAGCCCGAAGAACGUAAAAAGUACACGCUGCUCCAGCAAGUCAACACCCUUCGCCGCGACAAGCAGACGAUCCGCCAGGCCAAAAACCAGGCGCGGACGGACGCCAGCAACAAGCGCAAGGCGCAGGAGGACAAGCAGUUCGAAGCCGUGCAUCGCGCCGAGAAGAAGGCCAAGUAUCGCGCGGCAGGCAAAGACGCCAAGUACAAGGCCUCCAAGCACGCUUAGUUAAGAGUUUUCAUUAACAAUAUCCAAUAUACAACCACAGCCA